GCAUGACGUUGCGGAUGACAGCAAGAAGGCGGACGACAACGGUCGAAAUGGUCGACGGCAACGAGCCGCUGGAUCCACGCUCGGUGAAGCUUGCGCCCGAGCAGCCGUCUGGACCACAGGCGGCGAGUGGAUCGGCGCCAUGGUCGCCGACAUCGUCGCAAGCAACAGUCACGGCGGCUCCCCGCGCUCGCGUCACCCGAAUUGUUCCGCCAUCCACCAGCCGGACGACCUGCCAAGUCGCAGAGGAAGCGAGCGGGCGGCGGAAGGAGAAAGACAAGGAAGAUAUAUGGGGCAAGGUUUGGAGGCGGCGACCAGUUGGCGGGGAACUAGUACGGCACCAGCUUGCACCAGCACGACACGUGGAUUCAGGUCGCGUUACCUGGACAUCAAAGGCGGCGAUAGAGGGUAGGUGGAUUCUUGAGUUAAUGGGUAUUGGCUGGCCGUUCGGAGAUCAUCCGAUUGCGGCCGAGAGUCAUCGGCGCGGGUUGGAACGAGUCCGGUGCGUGCCAGGCAACGCGGCCGAUACCUAUCUCGACAGCAAUGAGCGGCGGCAAGAGGAGCAAAGAAGACGGAACAACGGUGAUGGGACGAGAGAUGGGUGAGAUUCGUGGGUGGCUGCGAGGUCGUCAUGUGACGGUGGGCGGUGUGACGGUGUGCGUGAUGCUUGCGGUCAUUGUCUGUGUCGCUGAUCUCGAUCUUAUCCAGUACAUGCCGCCGACGGGCAGCGACGGCCCAGAGCCAGCCAGGAGCGAAAAGACGGACGUACCCUUGUCUCCCGUGAGACCCAAAGGAGUACACAGGCAGAGCACAAUGGCGUGGCGAUCGAGUGCGAGCACCAACACGCGGCUGGUCGAGGCGCUUGUCCGGCACGACGUGAUCCGGUCCGAGGCCGUUGCGGCGGCGAUGAAGGCUGUCGACCGCAGCCUGUUUGCGCCCAGCGAGCCGUACUUGGAUGCGCCGGUGUACCUCGGAUGGGGCGCGACGAUCUCGGCGCCGCACAUGCACGCCCAUGCGCUCGAGGUUCUCGUCGAGCACCUGCACCCGGACGCCAAGCUGCUCGACGUCGGCUUUGGCUCGGGCUAUCUCGCCGCGGCGUUUGCUGUCGUCAUCGGUGAUGGCGGCGCUGGCGCAGUGUACGGCAUCGAGCACAUCGACGAGCUGGCUGAGAUGGGCAGAGCCAACGUUGCGGCGUGGCAGGCAAAGACCGACACGCCGCACGCGACGAUUCAUCUCUCGGUUGGCAACGGAUGGGACGGUCUGCCUGGCGCCGGGCCGUUCGACGCCAUCCACGUCGGCGCUGCUGCGGACGAUGUUCCGGCCUCACUCUUCGACCAGCUUGCUAUUGGAGGACGCUUGAUCAUUCCGGUUGGCCCGGACGGUGGCUAUCAGGAGCUUGUCCAGGUUGAUCGGGUCGACGCCGACAGCUACUCAGAAACAGUGCUGAUGGGCGUCAAGUAUGUUCCGCUCACUCAGACGCCGCAAGCGCAGCUCGACCGGGUGUAAUGCAAAGGUUUUUACAAUGUACAAUGGAAUGUUUUGGUGA